CCUUUUCUCUGCCAAGCUGGGGGCGGAGGGGGCAGUGAGGAGGUGGAGAUUCUUCUGCAGGGCUGGCAGAUCCGGAGGAGGCAGAAAAUCCCCAGCAGCUCCAUCCAACAGGCUAGCCCAGGAGAGAGAGAGAGAGAGAGAGAGAGAGAGAGAGAGAGAGAGAGAGAGCGCUGUGUGGGACCAGGUGAUGCACGCAUGCUCCAGCAUCUGCAGCCCCCCCACACUCCUUUCCAUCCUCCUCCUCUUUGAUCUCCUCCCUUUCUUUCUCCUCUCGUCCGGGGCUCUGAACAGGGAAAGGGACUAGCUCAUCUCUUAUGAUCAGGGCAAGCAAAGAAAGGAGGCGGAGUGAAUCAGGGAUCUGUGCCUUCUCGCAAAGUCGCCGGCUUCUCUGUAGCGCCUCUGGUUUCAGCACCAGGAGGGCUGGACAGCUCCCGAGGUGCUUCUUGCCGGCUGGGUACCACUGAGACCGGUAAGGAAGCAUCAAGGCGCCACGGCUGGUGAAAACAGGGGAGCAUCUUCACCGACACCCCCUUGAUCUUGCUGAAGCAACCAGGAGCAUCCCGCUCUCCCCUGAGGCUCUGACUUUCUCCCAAGUCAGAGGGCUUUCUCCCAAGCCCCGGCGGAAGCAGCCAGGAAGACCCAAAGAACAGAAGGAUGCUCCCCAAGCUGGUUAUCCUGCUCCCGGUGCUGACCUUGCUGGUGGGCCGGGUCCAUGGCUUCCCCAAGCCGGAGGGCAGCAGAGAAGAGAAAGCUAUACACAACAGAGAAUUAAGUGUAGAGAGGCCACUAGAAGAACAGAUUGCUGAGGCAGAGGCAGACAGAAUGAAAAAGACAGCCCUUGCAGAAAGCAAACCGGAAUUCAGAAAUUACUCCUUUGCGGAUGAUCUCCAACUACUCAAAUCGGCAGCAGAAAAAGAGAGGAAGGAAAAGGAGAGGGAAUCGCUCAGAAGCUCCCUCUACGAUCAACCGCGUGCCCUCGAUGACGCCGAUUCCACCAAGAGUCGCAGGCUGGUGGACGAUUAUGACUCCACUAAGAGCGGUCUGGACUAUAAAUAUCAAGAUGACCCAGAUGGACUCCAUCAACUGGAUGGCACGCCGUUAACGGCUAAAGAGAUCGUCCAGAAGAUUGCCAUGAGAAUAUAUGAGGAAAAUGACAGAGGAGUGUUUGACAAAAUUGUUUCUAAGCUUCUGAAUCUGGAACUCAUCACCGAAAGCCAGGCCAACACCCUGGAGGACGAGGUCGCUGAGGAGCUGCAGCAGCUGAUUGCGAAUGAAGCCAAGGAUCGGGAAAAGGCGUCAGAAGAUGCUGAUUAUCUUUCAGGCAGAUCAGACAGUCAUACCAAAGAGAGCCAGGAGGGGAGAAUGGCACCCAAGAAUACCGAUCAAGACGAUACCUUGUCUAACACAUGGACUUCCUCCAACACCUUGGAAAGAAGGAACGAGCUGCCUCCCGAGGAUAAUUUCGAAGAUCUGCAAUAUUUCCCUAACUUUUAUGAACUACUGAAAAGCCUUAACUCAGAGAAAGAAGUGAAGGAGAAAGAAACGCUGAUCACGAUCAUGAAGACCUUAAUAGACUUUGUGAAGAUGAUGGUUAAAUAUGGAACCAUUACGCCGGAAGAAGGCGUCUCAUACCUGGAAAACCUAGAUGCGAUGAUUGCUCUGCAGACAAGAAAGAAGCUAGAAAUGCCCAGUACCAAAGGCAGGCUGUUGCCAGAUAAGAGCACGGAAGAGGCCGACAGCACCAAAGCGGCGGCGGCUAAGAUGGAGAAAGAGUACGAGACGCUGAAAGAUUCCACAAAGGCUGAAGAACAAAACACAGAAAUCGAGGAAGAGCCCCAAGGGAAAGCCGAGGCCUACCUGGAAGCCAUCAGAAAGAACAUCGAGUGGCUGAAGAAACACAACAAGCACGGGAGCAAAGAAGAUUACGAUCUCUCUAAACUCCGGGACUUCAUCGAUCAACAGGCUGACGCGUAUGUAGAUAAAGGCAUCCUGGACAAAGAAGAGGCAGAUGUGAUCAAACGUAUCUACGGGAGCCUGUAAAGCAUGGAAAAGAAGAUGUAACUUGAAGCUGUAGGAAAUUCUAGUCUAGCUUCACCCUCAUAUAGUUCUAUGACCUACAACUUUUCCCCCCCUCCCUUUUUCUUUUUUCAAAGAGAGGAUUAGAAAAUGUCUAUCUGCAUUGUACUGAAUAUUUUCCAGGUAAAGCUCUUUGUCAACAGUC